AUGCCUGGCAUGAUGUGCCAGGCAGUUGUUUUCGAAGCGGUGCAAAGCAACUGGCAAGCCUUGGGCUAUGCAUCGCCAGAGCUGAGGAAUGACAAGGAUGUGGUGAAGGCAGCCGUCGCCACAAACAGGCAAGCAUUGGCCAUGAUAAGCGAUGACCUGCGCAACGACCCGGGGGUGGUUGCUGAGGCUUUGCAGGCCGACGGCCACGCGCUGGUCUACCUCAGUAGAGCGCAGCAAGACGACAAGGCGAUUGUCUCGCAUGCACUCAAGCAGGAUGGGCAUUCAGUGUCUUAUGCUUCCAGUCGGUUGCAGCAGGACAUUGAUAUUGCCAUGCAGGCAGUGUCGGAAGAUGGCAUCACCUUGGGAUUGCUACCGGCAGAGGUGAGAGCGAACAAGUCUGUGGUGCUGCGGGCUAUUGAUAGCAAUGUGAAGGCUUUUCAGAACGUGACCGAG